UGUUCGGUCGGAAUCGCACCUUGCCUCCUGCCACGACGACGACGGCGACGGCGGUCGCGCCGCGCGACAGCGCCCAUGACAGAAAAACGUAACAAGUUCCUGUACCGGUUCAUCCAGGACACAGUCUCCAGCGGACGGCGCCGCCUGUCUGGGAACGGAAGUCUCUCGCGUCUUGCCGCCAUGUCCUCCCCGCGCCGCAUCCGCGCCUCGUCCCCCGCGAUCCUGCAGCAGCCCGCAGAGCAGAGUCCCGAGGGCUCGGAGCGCGCCGAGGAGUCGGACUCGACGAGCACAUCGCACUCGAACUCCGCCUCGCACUCGCACGGGCACGGCACGCUCUCGAACGCGGCGCGCCAGAUCGACAAAGCGAUGCGCUACCUGCUCGACUCGGACCACCACCGGAACGACAAGGGGGAGGAGAUAUGGCUCAUGGGCGUGUGCCACGCGCCGGGCGCGCCAGACUUCUAUGCGGACUUCGCGACAAGGAUAUGGCUCACGUAUCGCUCGGGCUUCGAGCUCAUCAGAGACCGCCAGCUGAUCGAUCUCCCGCCCCCGGUGGCGAGCCUGGACGGCCACCUGCAGGGGGAGUGGGCGACAGACGAGGCGGAGCCCCCGGGCGCGUACGGUUUCUCGUCCGACUCGGGGUGGGGAUGUAUGCUGCGUACUGGGCAGAGCCUGCUGGCGAACGCGCUCCUGACGGCAUGGUUCGGGCGAGAUUGGAGGCGAAUAUCGGAGGUGGAGACGCAUCAGCACUCCCUCUAUGUCCACUUGCUAUCCCUAUUCCUCGACACGCCACACCCGACCGCCCCUUUCAGUAUUCAUCGAAUGGCACUCGCAGGGAAGCAAUUAGGCAAGGAUAUCGGCCAGUGGUUUGGUCCUAGCACUGCUGCUGGCGCUAUCAAGAAUCUUGUCAGUGCAUACCCCCUAGCUGGAAUCGGUGUCGUGGUCGGUAUGGAUGGCGCGCUGUCCAAGUCGGAAGUCUUCACUGCCAGUCACUCGGAAUGGUCCGAUGAAGAGGCCGCCCUGGAUUGGGGCGAUCGCCCCGUCCUCAUCCUCCUCAACCUCCGCUUGGGACUGGACCGCGUCAACCCGAUAUAUCACGACACCAUCAAAGCGCUCUUCACCUUUCCUCAGUCGGUCGGUAUCGCAGGCGGUCGCCCCUGCUCAUCCUACCACUUUGUGGGCGCGCAAGGCAGCGACUUGAUCUACCUCGACCCGCACCAUACUCGCAACACCGUCCGCACGGUCGCGGAGCAGGAUAAGGAGCGCGAAAGGCAGGAAGAAGAGGAGCCCAAACGCGGCUCGCGCUUCACCAUUCGGCGCUCGCGGCAGCAGCAGUCUGCUUCGCCUGCCAAGUCGCCACGCAGGGUGGCAUCGUCGCCGCCGCGGACGCCUUCGCCUCCCUCGCCGCUACAGGUCCCCGGUUCGCCACCACGCACCCCACCUGCGUCUCCCCCUCCCACAACUCGUUCUCCGCCAACGACUCCGCCUCCACGACCUCACCUGAAGGUGCCCUCAUCGCCGUCGCCCGCGACGCGCUCUCUAUCGGUACCCACCUCCCCAGUGUCGCCGAUAUCUCCAUCUCUGGGCCCCACGGCGCCCCUACUACCCGACUCUUUGAAUACCCACUACCAGGUCGCAUUCACCCAUGCUGAUCUGGCAACAUUCCACUGUACGAACCCGAAGAUGAUGCCCAUCAGCGCGCAAGACCCCAGUAUGCUCGCCGGCUUCCUGUGCAAGGAUAUCGCAGACUGGGAUGACUGGCGCGCGAGAAUGAGCAGGCUCCCGAACCAAAUAAUCUCCAUCCAGGAGGGAAGUGCGAGGAAUGUCGCGGACGUCAGCCUGGACGACAUGCUCAUGAGCGACGAUGAAGACGAAUUUGACUGAAGAUGAUCGUGCUUCGCGAGCAACACUUUGGCAGGCACAGUAAUCCUCUACUGCGGAGGAGGCUGGGUGACGACCUCCCGAGAUAGCGCGUCCGGCCGCGGGCGCGCAGGAGCCACCCGACGAUGAAUGCAGGGCAGUCUUGGUUGGACGGCAAGGACCACCAUCUUGUGUUUCUAGGUAUGGAGCGGCGAUCUUCCAUCCAGAUUGCGAACUGCAGGCAGGAAAGCUAGUGUAUUUAUGAUUUCUAUGCUAAUGUACAGUACCUACUAUGACUGACCCUUCUGUAUUCAUGUAUAUCCAUGGCCAUGGUUCUGCCAGAGCGACCGUGUCCUUCGUUGAUGUUCCCGCACGUGAUCUCAUGUUGAACAACGCGGUCGUGGGAAAAUGUGAGAUUAGACACGUGUAGAACAUGCCACGCCG